GGUAAGUGCACCUGUACUGCCGCGGCAGCUACAGUAACAGUCACGCUGCCGACUCGCAGUUGUUGCUGUUGUUGUUGUUGUUUGUUUCGCUGCCACCAAAGGUACGACGCGGGCGCUCGCGAGUGCACACUUCUACCCCUUCGAUUCGUUUGUAAUUUUAAUUGUUAUCGGCGUUAUCAUUUGCAUUGCAUAAAAACGGACGCCGCGCCAUCGAACUUUAUCUCUUAUCAUAUCGGGCAGACGCGACGUCUGAAUACACAACGCAUACUAAAUGUAAGCGAUAACAACCGACCGGUGACAACGAAAUGGUACAAAACACAAAACUCAUUCCUAGUACAUAUUUCUACCUGCGUCGAAUAGCAAUUACGUGAUUGCUUUAUCACAUUAUACCAAUUAAAUUUUCAGUUGUGUCGGUCGAUACAUGCGGCACGUACGUGUGUAUGUGUCGAGGGAUCGAUUUACGUAUCGAUAAAUAAAAGAUAUGUCCAUUAAACGGUAACGAAGGGCGCGACGCCCGUGUAAACUUUAACCGGUGAUUUUUAUAUGUGUGCAAUAACAGUGAUGACGUCCCUCGUUGUAAUGUGCAAAUAAGUGUAAGAGCCAUGUCACAUGAAAUCCUGCAUGUUUGUUUACAAUUAAACGACAUUUUUGUUAGCAUGUACCUGUGAAUGGUGAAUUAUAUUUUUGUUUUUUGAACAGAAACUACUGACAAUUAAUUUGUGCGUAACAUGACUCUCUCUCUAAUUUAUAAAAUUGAGUGACGCGCUUUUCUAUCUUCGGAAAAUUGGUGAAAAAUAUGAGAGAAAUGGACACUGAAAGCCCGGUUGUUUGGCCAGCGUGGUGUUAUUCAGGCGAUACCCCGUCUUCGGAUCCAUUGGAAAACAGCCCCCCGAUUUCAUCGUUCAAGCCGGCGAUGGGGGGCAGGCGACGACGUUUCGACCGCAGUGCGGUUGUCACCACCGCCACGACCGCCUCCUCGACCGACCUUACCCUCCAAACGAGUACCUCGCCGUUGAGCAAUAACAACAACAACAAUAAUAAUAAUAAUAACAAUAACAACAAUCACGUUAAAAACGAAAGACUGAGCCCCGGCACCCCGGACACUUCGCGAUCGCGAAGCGUCACUCCCUCGUCCGCCAGUCAUCCUGAUACACCACCCGCCUCAGAUCAACCCAUGGGGGGUCGAAAUUAUAGCGAUUUUAUGCGAAGUUUGGCCGCCAAAUAUAAUAACGCUAACCAAAACGAAUAUUUCAGUACAGCAAGGAACGGAUUUCCUCCGCCCAUCGAUCCUAGAUUUAAAUCGUCCUGUUUUCCCAAUUUAAUACAAAAUCUCAAUUCCGCCGCUGCCGGCAAAGACGAACAAAACAAAAAGAACGAUUUUUCGUCGAUAUUAAACCCCUUUUCCUCAACGACCAUGUUCCCCCCACUGAUAGACAUGUCGACCACCCAAACUCUGCUCGCCAUGGUCAGGACGGCCAAGGAAGCAGAACUACAAGGUUUACUGAAGAGCGCGAAAAGGCAAGAAACGUCGUCGCCUUUGGAUCUGUCUGCCGGAGCCCCAGUUCCCAAAAGGCCGAGAACGAAAACGCCGUUGACCACAAGCGGUCUUCCCAACAAUGGAAGCAUUGUGAUGAGCGCAAAAAGAGACUGGUCCGAGAGUCCACGACUCCUGGAAGACAUUUCCAGCUGGAAUGUAGACGAUGUUUGCAACUUCGUCUCGACUAUUGACAUUUGCGCUGAAUAUGGGCCGACAUUUCGAGAACAACAAAUCGAUGGCGCAGGUCUGCCAUUGCUAACCGAAGAACACAUGAUGAACACGAUGAAUAUGAAACUAGGUCCUGCCCUGAAGUUAAAAUCAAUCCUAGCGAAAAAAUUAGGAUCAUGCAACAUAUGUCUGCAUUGCACACACUGCCAUCGGAGUCCCGGAUUAUUAGAACCUUCGAAUUCUAAUCCAGGAUCUGCAUCAGACUCUGGAGCGCCGUCUUAAAACGACACUCUUAUAUUUUCGUAUACCUUAUUGUCUGAUAAAUGUGUUCAUUAAAAUUUGUUGACGUAUAAUGUUAUACCUAGCAGGUGGUUCGUGAUGAGGCCACACAGUAGGUACUUUCAUUUUGUAUUAUCCUGUUUAUCAAAAAAAAAAAAGACAUUUCCUAUCAGAUCCAGAAAAUAAUAAUAAGGUGCCUUAAUACAAAUUGCUCAAAUAAAUGUGAAAUAUUGAACGAAAAGGUGCAGUAAUUUUCAAUCUAACAAAGGUACCUUUUCCAAAACGUUAUCUAACAUCUACUUAAUUGUUGAAUGUAUGAAAUAUUUUUGGGUACUGACCUACAAAUGAAAUAAGCGAAGCUUUUGCUCAAAUCUAGUGUAAGAUUUCUAUUUUUUACUGUAUGUAAAUUAAGUAUUAUUUACAAGAUGUUGAAUGGCGGUUUAUAAUAAAGUGAUAAAUAUUUA